GAGCUACUGCUCAUGUCUCUACAUUACAUCAUUCGAUCUGUAUUGCGUCGCUGUUUCUAGAAUUAAGAAGUGUCCGACCGAUCCUCCGAUUUCUAGAAGAUGCACAACGCGAGCAAAAUAAACGUGACUUCUGUGGCUCGCUUGCUGCGGGCUCAGCGCCCAUCUUCUGGUGGCCGCCUGCAAACACUCAGCUCGAGCACCUCCAUAGAGCACACGCAGACCAUCCCGCCGCUACCUGGGAAUGAAGUCUCAUUCUUCGGUCCAAAGGACCACAGAGUUCCUCUCCCAGGCAACGUUGGCAUUCCCGCUUCGGAAUUCCGACCGGGCUUCUCGUAUCGAGAACCCCUCGAUAAGUCGAGUCGUUACAUGACCGAGUUAGAUUUGUACAAAGUUGAUGUGACCGAAGAUCGCCAGAGGAAAGUCUAUUCGAGAUUACUUGAUGGAACGUUCGAGUCAGGUGAAUUCAGCGAUGUUGAGGGGAUUUUCCAUUCGGGACCUGAAUUGGAUUGUCGCGUCCAGGAAUGUCCUUUGCUUGUCAAGAAAGAUUUCCAGGAGUUGUUUCCUGACCACGACAUUCUCAUGAAGCCCCUUACUAUAAUCACAGUGGCUCACAACAUUCAGCACGAAAACGUUCUGCGGUCGCGGAGCAUGGGAUCCGAACGGGAAAGAUUGACUGAAUCCUUCAUCUUCAAAGCGCAGAAAGUAGUGCGUCAACUCAGUGAGGCAGGUUUCUGGGCGGAUUUCAUAAAUCCGAACUCGGGAAAACCCUAUCUGAGCGGGAGAUUCGGCGACGCAGUUCUCUUCGAAACGGACGAGCGAUACCGUCAUCUAGGUUUUACCAUCGAAGACCUCGGCUGCUGUAAAGUUAUCACACACCACGAAUGGGGUCGGAACGCUUUCGUCGGAUGCCUGUUCACGAACGCUCCUAUGAAUUCUGUCGAAAUUCAAAAAAUAUUGAACAGUAGUAACAGAAGAAAAUGAAUCGGUCGGAAUGAGGAAAAGCGAUGAAAAGAGCUCUCAUUCAGCAACCAAUGCAAGAGGAGCCGAUGAAGGCAUGUUAGUCAAUCUGUAGCUUAUCAAAGCCAGAUCUUGGAGUGAUACGUUGAUAAUAAACUUUA